AUGCGUCACUCAAAAUCAACCUACUUCCUACGCCGGCAAAACAAACUCGUCAUCCCCGACCUCGUCUCUGACUGUCCGUUCAAGUUACGGCUCAACCCUAACGGACCCGAAGUGGGUGCGCAAUCCGACGCAUGGCUCUACUCUCAGGGUAGCCUAGGCGCACGAAAAUUCAUGAAGCUUCGCGGCUUAAAAUGCGGUUUACUCUCUGCAAUGACGUAUCCUGUUGCACCCGCGAAUGAACUCCGAGUCGUUUGCGACUUCCUCAGCUUCCUCUUUCACCUCGACGACCUUUCGGAUGACAUGAACAAUUCCGAAACGCUUGAUACGCGAAAACUAGUUAUCGGCUCGAUAUACGAUCCUGGUUUUGCUGCGGACACGAAGGUGGGGCGUAUGGCGAGAGAUAUUUGGGCACGUAUGUCACCUACUGCCUCGAAAGGAGCAAAAGCACGCUUCAUUAGCACCUUCGACCUCUUCUUCCGCGCUGUCUCAAAACAAGCCGUUGACCGUCGCUCGGGCGUAAUAAUGGACCUCGAUUCAUACAUCGUUCUCCGACGCGACACAAGCGGGUGCAAACCAUGCUGGGCACUAAUAGAAUACGCCAAUGGGCUAGACCUCCCGGAUUUUGCCAUGCAGCAUGAAGCCGUUGAGACGUUGGGAGAAGCUACAAAUGACAUCGUGUCUUGGUCAAACGACAUCUUCUCAUAUAGCAAAGAAGAUGCCCGAGAGGACACGCACAAUAUGAUCUUCAUCGCAAUGCACACAAUGGGUUUAAGCCUUCAAGAAGCGGUCGACUUCGUUGGAGAUCUCUGUGACGCGGCAAUAUCACGGUUCCUCGCAGCGAAAAGGCGUGUACCGUCUUUCGACCGUGGAGGGCGAAUCGACCGCGAGAUCGCAUUAUAUGUGCGUGGACUUGAGGACUGGAUUGUGGGGAGUCUUCACUGGAGCUUCGAAAGCGCGCGAUACUUCGGCAAAGAAGGUCGAGGUGUGAAGAGACGAAGGGUUGUCAAAUUGACUCGUGAGGACAAAAGUGGCUCCACUACUAUUAACGGUAGCCUUUGGUCGCGAAUACUAUGUCAUACCGGGUCCAUGGCGAAGUACGACCUGGCGUGA